AUGAACGAAUUUGCUGAGAAGGGGGGAGCAUGCGCUCGAGUAAAAGUCUUGCGCUUGACCAAGCCGUACUUUAAAGAUCCGGCAGAUAAGAAAAUCCCGUUGUGGCUACGCCGAGACAAGCUCCGUGCCUCCGGCGCCGUCUCCGGAGGGACUGUGUCAUGCCCCAUCUGUGAUUGGUUCACUGCACCGUGCCGAGUGUGCGAAAUGUUCAAAAAGGUUGGACCAGAAAAUAAGAAAUGCGACAUUGCUGCCCAUUUGAAGACGGCAGACAUGAACCAAGACAAUAUGUCGGAACGAGAUCCUCGUACAAAGGAGCAAUCCUCUACUCACGAUACCGAGCGCAAUAUACAACCAUCCGAAGAACCGAAAAAUAAGGAAAACGUCUCGGCUUUCAAAUCCCUUGGCUGGCUCGACCGUUUUCUAGCAGUAUGGAUCUUCCUCGCCAUGGUAGUCGGUAUUAUCUUGGGCAACUUUGUCCCUUCGACUGGACCGGCUCUUGAGAAGGGCAAGUUUGUUGGCGUUUCUGUUCCAAUAGCUGUCGGCCUGCUCGUUAUGAUGUAUCCCAUCCUCUGCAAAGUUCGAUAUGAGAGUCUCCACGAGAUCUUCUCCCAGCGGGACGUCUGGAAGCAAAUUCUCUUUAGCAUAUUCAUCAACUGGAUAGUUGCACCCUUUUUGAUGGUAACCCAUAGCCCCAUUUCCUCAAACAUACAAUAUUCUGACGAUGAUAGCUCGGCCUGGCAUGGGCCUUCCUCCCAGACAAGCCCGAACUUCGCAUCGGUCUUAUCCUCGUAG